CCGGGGCUGGUGGAGGAAAGGGGUGCUUGGAAUCGAUCUACAUUUUCUGACCUUUUUGUUGGACAUUACGCCCACCUUGGACGCUGCAAGAGGAGCUGUCAAGCCCGGCAAGCUCUGAUUUGGCCCCCUCCGUUUUCCUCUGCUGCUCGUGGCUUCCCCGUGCCUCGGUGGAGUAUUUGCGUUCGGGGCUGGGGCUGGAGGAGGCAGCCACACGCGCGCACACGCACACGUUCAGAGGAGGGCGAGAGGCAGCGGUACCGGCACCAUCUGCAGUGUCAAUGCGGCGCUGGGGCUGAAGGAGGGAACGCCGCGCUUCCAGGGGAGACAGCGCCACUGAGUCCUGGCCCUCCGAAGGGACGGUUGUGCUGGCGUGCUGCUGUGCCGAGAGGACCUGUCUCGGAGAUGAAAGCCAUGCCCUGGAACUGGACUUGCCUGCUCUCCCACCUGCUGGUGGUGGGGAUGGGGUCCUCUACCCUGCUUUCACGGCAGCCACCCCAGCAAUCUCCGAAGCGUUCUUUUGUCACAUUCCGAGGGGAGCCCACGGAGACCUUCAAUCACCUCGUGGUGGAUGAGAGGACAGGGCACAUUUACUUGGGGGCUGUCAACAGGAUCUACAAACUCUCUAGUGACCUCAAGGUCUUGGUGACUCAUCAGACAGGGCCAGAUGAGGACAACCCCAAGUGUUAUCCGCCUCGGAUUGUUCAGACCUGCAACGAGCCCCUGGCCAGCACCAAUAAUGUCAACAAGAUGCUUCUAAUAGACUACAAGGAAAACAGGCUGAUCGCAUGCGGGAGCCUGUACCAGGGUAUCUGCAAGCUCCUGAGGCUAGAAGACCUCUUCAAGUUGGGGGAGCCCUUCCACAAGAAGGAACAUUACCUCUCGGGGGUUAAUGAGAGUGGCUCAGUCUUUGGGGUGAUCGUCUCCUAUAACAACUUGGAUGAUAAACUCUUUAUUGCCACCGCUGUGGAUGGCAAGCCCGAAUAUUUUCCUACCAUCUCCAGCCGGAAGCUGACUAAGAACUCUGAGGCAGACGGCAUGUUUGCUUAUGUUUUCCAUGAUGAAUUUGUGGCCUCAAUGAUUAAAAUCCCUUCCGACACCUUCACGGUUAUCCCCGACUUUGAUAUCUACUACGUCUAUGGUUUCAGCAGUGGCAACUUUGUCUACUUCUUGACCCUGCAGCCGGAGAUGGUGUCUCCCCCAGGCUCCACAACGAAGGAACAGGUGUACACGUCAAAGCUUGUGAGGCUUUGCAAAGAGGACACGGCCUUCAACUCCUACGUGGAGGUGCCCAUUGGCUGCGAGCGGAAUGGGGUGGAGUAUCGCUUGUUACAGGCUGCCUUCCUGUCUAAGGCUGGUGCUGUGCUUGGCCGGACCCUGGGAGUCCGUCCAGAUGAUGACCUCCUCUUUACCGUCUUCUCCAAGGGCCAGAAGCGGAAGAUGAAGUCCCUGGAUGAGUCAGCCUUGUGCAUCUUCAUCUUGAAGCAGAUCAACGACCGCAUUAAGGAGCGCCUGCAGUCUUGUUACAGGGGUGAGGGGACACUAGACCUGGCCUGGCUCAAGGUGAAGGACAUCCCUUGCAGCAGUGCGCUCCUAACCAUUGAUGACAACUUCUGUGGCCUGGAUAUGAAUGCCCCUCUGGGAGUGUCUGAAAUGGUACGUGGCAUUCCGGUCUUCACUGAAGACAGGGACCGCAUGACUUCUGUCAUCGCCUAUGUCUACAAGAAUCACUCUCUGGCCUUCGUGGGCACCAAAAGUGGCAAGCUAAAGAAGAUCCGGGUGGAUGGGCCCAAGGGCAAUGCCCUCCAGUAUGAGACUGUGCAAGUGGUGGAUGCAGGACCAGUUCUCCGGGACAUGGCCUUUUCCAAGGACCGCGAGCAGCUCUACAUCAUGUCAGAAAGGCAGCUUACCAGAGUUCCUGUGGAGUCCUGUGAGCAGUAUCGGAGUUGUGGCGAGUGUCUCGGCUCUGGGGACCCCCACUGUGGCUGGUGUGUGCUCCACAACACGUGCACGCGGAAGGAACAGUGUGAACGCUCCAGGGAACCCCGAAGGUUUGCCUCGGAGAUGAAACAGUGUGUCCGGCUGACUGUCCAUCCCAACAACAUCUCUGUCUCUCAGUACAAUGUGCUGCUGGUCCUAGAGACAUACAAUGUCCCGGAGCUGUCAGCAGGUGUCAACUGUACCUUUGAGGAUCUGUCAGAGAUGGAUGGGCUGGUAAUAGGCAAUCAGAUCCAGUGCUACUCCCCUGCAGCCAAGGAGGUGCCCCGGAUCAUCACAGAAAAUGGGGACCAUCAUGUUGUCCAGCUGCAACUCAAGUCAAAGGAGACCGGGAUGACCUUUGCCAGCACCAGCUUUGUCUUCUACAACUGCAGUGUCCACAAUUCAUGUCUGUCUUGUGUGGAGAGCCCAUACCGCUGCCACUGGUGUAAGUACCGGCAUGUUUGCACCCACGAUCCCAACACAUGCUCCUUCCAGGAAGGCCGAGUGAAGCUGCCUGAGGACUGCCCCCAGCUGCUAAGAGUGGACAAGAUCCUGGUACCAGUCGAGGUGGUCAAACCCAUCACUCUGAAGGCUAAGAACCUCCCACAGCCUCAGUCGGGACAGCGGGGCUACGAGUGCAUCUUAAACAUCCAGGGCAGCGAGCAGAGGGUGCCGGCCCUGCGCUUCAACAGCUCCAGCGUGCAGUGUCAGAACACUUCCUAUUCCUAUGAGGGGAUGGAGAUCAACAACUUGCCAGUGGAGCUGACGGUCGUGUGGAAUGGACAUUUCAACAUUGACAACCCAGCUCAGAAUAAAGUCUACCUCUACAAGUGUGGGGCCAUGCGUGAGAGCUGUGGGCUGUGCCUCAAGGCUGACCCAGAUUUUGAGUGUGGCUGGUGUCAGAGUCCAGGCCAGUGUACACUGCGCCAGCACUGCCCUGCCCAUGAGAGCCGGUGGCUGGAACUGUCGGGCGCCAACAGCAAAUGCACCAACCCUCGGAUCACAGAGAUCAUCCCAGUGACAGGCCCUCGGGAAGGGGGCACCAAGGUCACCAUCCGAGGGGAGAACCUGGGCCUGGAAUUUCGGGACAUCGCUUCACACGUCAAGGUGGCUGGUGUGGAGUGCAGCCCCUUGGUAGAUGGCUACAUCCCUGCAGAACAGAUCGUGUGUGAGAUGGGAGAGGCGAAGCCCAGCCAGCAUGCAGGCUUUGUGGAGAUCUGUGUGGCUGUGUGCCGGCCUGAGUUCAUGGCCCGCUCCUCGCAGCUCUAUUACUUCAUGACUCUGACUCUCGCAGAUCUGAAGCCCAGCCGGGGACCCAUGUCUGGGGGGACACAGGUCACCAUCACAGGCACCAACUUGAAUGCAGGCAGCAACGUGGUGGUGAUGUUUGGGAGCCAGCCCUGCCUUUUCCACAGGCGCUCUCCAUCCUACAUUGUCUGUAACACUACAUCCUCAGAUGAGGUGUUGGACAUGAAGGUGACUGUGCAGGUGGACAGGGCCAGGAUACGACAGGACCUGGUCUUUCAGUAUGUGGAGGACCCCACCAUCGUGCGUAUUGAGCCAGAGUGGAGCAUUGCCAGUGGGAACACACCUAUCGCUGUCUGGGGAACUCACCUGGACCUCAUACAGAACCCCCAGAUCCGUGCCAAGCAUGGAGGGAAAGAGCACAUCAAUAUCUGUGAGGUCCUGAACGCUACUGAGAUGACCUGCCAGGCCCCUGCCCUUGCCCUGGAUCCUGACCACCAGUCGGAUCUCACCGAGAGGCCUGAAGAAUUUGGUUUCAUCCUGGACAAUGUCCAGUCCCUGCUAAUUCUCAACAAGACCAACUUCACCUACUACCCUAACCCUGUGUUUGAGGCUUUCGGUCCCUCAGGAAUCCUGGAGCUCAAGCCCGGCACUCCCAUCAUCCUAAAGGGCAAGAACCUGAUCCCACCCGUGGCUGGAGGCAACGUGAAGCUGAACUACACCGUGCUGGUUGGGGAGAAGCCGUGCACUGUGACAGUGUCAGACGUGCAGCUGCUCUGCGAGUCUCCGAACCUCAUCGGCAGGCACAAAGUGAUGGCACGGGUGGGUGGCAUGGAGUAUUCCCCUGGGAUGGUGUACAUUGCCCCAGACAGCCCACUCAGCCUGCCCGCCAUCGUCAGCAUUGCAGUGGCUGGGGGCCUCCUCAUCAUCUUCAUUGUGGCGGUGCUCAUCGCCUACAAACGCAAGUCCCGAGAAAGUGACCUCACACUAAAGCGGCUGCAGAUGCAGAUGGACAACCUUGAGUCCCGUGUGGCCCUGGAGUGCAAGGAAGCUUUUGCAGAGCUACAGACAGAUAUCCAUGAGCUAACCAGUGACCUGGAUGGAGCUGGGAUUCCCUUCCUGGACUACAGAACCUACACCAUGCGGGUGCUGUUCCCGGGGAUUGAAGACCACCCUGUGCUACGGGACCUUGAGGUCCCAGGCUACCGGCAGGAGCGUGUGGAGAAAGGAUUGAAGCUCUUCGCCCAGCUCAUCAACAACAAGGUGUUUCUACUCUCCUUCAUCCGCACCCUUGAGUCUCAACGCAGCUUCUCCAUGCGUGACCGAGGGAACGUGGCCUCGCUCAUCAUGACGGUACUCCAGAGCAAGCUAGAGUAUGCCACGGAUGUGCUGAAGCAGUUACUGGCUGACCUCAUUGACAGGAACCUGGAGAGCAAGAACCACCCCAAGCUGCUGCUCAGGAGGACGGAGUCGGUGGCUGAGAAGAUGUUGACUAAUUGGUUCACUUUCCUCCUCUACAAGUUCCUCAAGGAGUGCGCUGGGGAGCCCCUUUUCUCUCUCUUCUGUGCCAUCAAGCAGCAGAUGGAGAAGGGCCCCAUCGACGCUAUCACAGGAGAGGCCCGCUACUCCCUGAGUGAGGAUAAGCUCAUCAGGCAGCAGAUCGAAUACAAGACCCUGGUCCUGAGCUGUGUCAGUCCAGAUAAUGCUAACAGCCCAGAGAUCCCAGUGAAGAUCCUCAACUGUGACACCAUCACGCAGGUCAAGGAGAAGAUCCUAGAUGCCAUCUUUAAGAAUGUGCCGUGCUCCCACCGGCCCAAGGCUGCAGACAUGGACCUGGAGUGGAGACAAGGAAGUGGGGCAAGAAUGAUCCUGCAGGACGAAGAUAUCACCACCAAGAUUGAGAACGACUGGAAGAGACUCAACACGGUGGCCCACUACCAGGUUCCAGAUGGUUCUGUGGUGGCUUUAGUGUCCAAGCAAGUGACAGCCUACAAUGCAGUGAACAAUUCCACAGUCUCCAGGACUUCAGCAAGUAAAUAUGAAAACAUGAUCCGAUACACGGGCAGCCCUGACAGCCUCCGUUCCCGAACCCCCAUGAUCACCCCUGACCUGGAAAGUGGGGUCAAGCUGUGGCAUCUGGUAAAGAACCAUGAGCACGGAGACCAGAAGGAGGGGGACCGGGGGAGCAAGAUGGUGUCUGAGAUCUACCUGACGCGGCUACUGGCCACAAAGGGCACACUGCAGAAGUUUGUGGAUGACCUCUUCGAGACCAUCUUCAGCACAGCCCACCGGGGUUCUGCACUCCCUCUAGCCAUCAAGUACAUGUUUGACUUCCUGGAUGAGCAGGCUGAUAAGCACGGCAUCCAUGACCCACACGUGCGCCACACUUGGAAGAGCAACUGCCUGCCCCUGCGGUUUUGGGUGAACAUGAUCAAGAACCCUCAGUUUGUGUUUGACAUCCACAAAAACAGCAUCACGGAUGCCUGUCUCUCGGUGGUGGCCCAGACCUUCAUGGACUCCUGCUCCACGUCAGAGCACCGGCUGGGCAAGGAUUCUCCCUCCAACAAGCUGCUCUAUGCCAAGGACAUUCCCAGCUACAAGAACUGGGUGGAGAGGUAUUACUCAGACAUUGGGAAGAUGCCAGCAAUAAGUGACCAGGACAUGAAUGCGUACCUGGCCGAGCAGUCGCGAAUGCACAUGAAUGAGUUCAAUAUGAUGAGUGCGCUCUCAGAGAUAUUCUCCUACGUGGGCAAAUACAGCGAGGAGAUUCUCGGACCCCUGGACCACGAUGACCAGUGUGGAAAGCAGAAACUGGCUUACAAACUAGAACAAGUCAUAACCCUCAUGAGUUUAGACAGCUGAGAACUGUCCUUCCAGGGCCACCCUGGAGGGAGGGACACACCAAGCCGUGCCUCAGUCUAGAUUAUCAUCUUUACCAAGUGCAAGUUCCGACAGGCAUCAGCAGCAACCCGCACCCCCCAC